CCAUGUCUGUUUCCUUCCGUGACAGACUUGAAGCAUGAGCACUUGGUGGAGCUGCUGGCAGCGGGCGUCGGGUCUUCGACGUCGAGCUCGGCUGAGUCCACGCAGAGGUUCCUCAAGGCUGCCCUUUACGAGUCGGGAGACAUCGCGGUCUUCGUCGACGGGGUGGACGAGAUUUGCCCUUCAUACAAGGACAAACUCCUCCGACUCUUGCAAAUGUUGCUGGAGACAAAAGUGAAGUUGGUGUGGGUCUCGUCCCGCCCGGAGAUAAUGGACAUGAUCUUGCAGAAAGAAAAAGGCACAUUUGCAGACAUACAAUUUCAAUGGAAAGAAACCCCAAUAAUAAUAGCGGCAAAAUAUGGACACACAAAAACUGUACAGAUUUUAUUAAAGUAUGGUGCAAAUGUGAUGCAAAAAGACAUUUGGAACAGACAACCUAUUCACUACGCAGCCAGCGGUCGAAAAUACGAAAUAACAAAGCUCCUCCUCAAAAGCUCAGCUGAUCCUAACGCAGGGAACAAACGGGGCGUGACUCCACUGAUGUUGACAGCCGAGUUGGGUGAUGCGCAAUCCACGGAGCUUCUCUUACAAUACGGCGCCUACGUCAAUCAAAGGAACAAGGACAACUGCACGGCUCUGCACUUCGCUGUGCAGAAAUAUCACCACAUUACGAAGAUGCUCCUCGACUGCAAAGCUGACCCUAACGCAAAAGACAGAAAGGGCGUCACACCGCUAAUGAAGGCAGCAAUGUCAGGCGAUGCCCAAUCCACGGAGCUCCUCUUACAAUAUGGAGCCGACGUCAGUCAAAGGAACGAGAAGCAAUCGACGUCUCUCCAUUUCGCUGUUGGGAAAUCUCACCAAAUUACGAGACUCCUCCUCGAAAGCGAAGCUGAUCCUAAUGCAGCAAACAAAGACGGCGUCACGCCGCUAAUGUUGGCGGCUGAUUCAGGAGAUGCGCAAUCCUCUAAACUCCUCUUAGAACACGGAGCCGACGUCAGUCUAAGGGACAAGGAUAACCGGACUGCGCUCCAUUUCCCUCUUGACAAAUGUCAUAACCAAAUUACGAGACUCCUCCUCGAAAGCAAUGCUGAUCCUAAUCCAUCCAACAAAGUGGGCCUCACUCCGUUAAUGUUGGCAGCAAUGUCAGGCGACGCGCAAUCCACUGAACUACUCUUAGGACACGGCGCCGACAUCAAUCAAAGAGACCAGGACAACUGCACUGCGCUCCAUUUCGCUACUAACAAAUGCCAUCACUACAUUACGAAGCGCCUUCUCGUAAGCGAAGCUGAUCCUAAUGCUAGGGACAAGAAGGGCGUCACUCCGCUAAUGAGAGCGGCAAUGUCAGGCGACGCGCAAUCCACGAAGUUCCUUUUAGAAUACAGUGCUGAUGUCAGCCUCAGGGACGAGGACAACUGGACGGCGCUCCACUUCGCUACUAACAAAAGCUGUCACCGCAUUACAAAGCUCCUUCUCGAAAGCAAAGCUGAUCCGAAUGCGAAGGAUACUCAGGGUAGCACGCCGCUAAUGAUGGCAGCAAUGUCAGGCGAUGCGCAAUCCACGGAGCUCCUCAUAGAACACGGCGCCGACAUCAAUCAAAGAGACAAGGACAACUGCACAGCGCUGUAUUUUGCUACUGAGAAAUGCGUUUACCUCAUUACGAAGCGUCUCCUUGAAAGCAAAGCUGAUCCUAAUGCAAGGGGCAAAGAGAGCGACACCGCUUAUGUGAGCAGCAAUGUCAGUGCCGAGACACCCGUCUUAGGGCGAUUGAAAAAUGCUGCAAAGCCAUACGGGUCUGAAUACGAGAUCUUCCUCGGCGGCCUGUUGGCGCUGCGCGCGCGCAGAAAGGGCCUACGCUUUCAACUUUCUCGAAUGUGGCUGCUGCGCGUCCCCUGGAUGACCUCGUGCUGCUCUGAAGCACAGCCACUCACCAUCUUCAUCCAGCUCAAGCACGCCAGCACGACUGGUGCAGCUUCUCCGGUGAAAACACAGGUAAAUACUCACUAA